AUGUCUAAUCUUGGAAGAAAAAGUUCUGGUGCCGCAGGACAGCUCGUAGGCAAAGUUCAAAUACAUAAAAUUAUCAGACAUGGUAGUUCUGUUAAUAAAGAAUUGAACAAGUAUAGUAAAAAUAUUACACAGCCAAAGGCACAUGGUGCUGCUCAAGCUGUAUUAUAUGGUACUGGUUUGGAACCCGAGGAUAUGAACAAAGCUCAAGUUGGAAUUGCUAGUGUUUGGUUUGAAGGCAAUACGUGCAAUAUGCACCUUCUUGAUCUAGCUAAUAAAGUCAAGGAAGGUGUCAAAAAAGUGGGCCUUAUUGGCUAUAGGUUCAAUACUGUUGGUGUAAGUGAUGCUAUUAGUAUGGGUACAUCAGGGAUGAGGUAUUCUCUUCAAAGUAGGGAUCUUAUCGCAGAUUCUAUCGAGACGAUAAUGGGUGGACAAUGGUAUGAUGCUAACAUUUCCUUACCAGGCUGUGAUAAAAAUAUGCCUGGAUGUUUAAUUGCGAUGGGACGUCUUAAUCGUCCCUCUCUAAUGGUUUAUGGCGGUACGAUUCGUCCUGGCCGAUCCUCAUGUGGCAAAGACGUCCUAGAUAUCGUAUCAGCCUUUCAAUCAUAUGGUUCUUAUAUUGCUGGUUCUAUUUCUGAAGAAAAACGUUACGAUAUAGUGAAACAUGCUUGCCCCGGUCCUGGUGCUUGUGGUGGAAUGUACACUGCCAACACCAUGGCUUCCGCAAUUGAGGCAUUAGGAAUGUCUUUGCCAUAUAGUUCUUCAAUUCCUGCAGAAUAUCCUGAAAAGCAAGAAGAAUGUUUAAAUGCCGGGCAGGCAAUACGUAAUCUACUUGAACAAGAUAUUAAACCACGAGAUAUUAUGACAAGAAAAGCAUUCGAAAAUGCCAUGGUUCUUACAAUGAUUUUGGGUGGUUCAACAAAUGCUGUUUUACAUUUAAUUGCUAUUGCAAAAUCUGUUGGAUUAGAAUUAAAAUUGGAAGAUUUCCAAAAAAUUAGUGAUUCCACUCCAUUUUUGGCAGAUUUAAAACCUAGUGGUAAAUAUGUUAUGGAAGAUCUUUAUAAGAUUGGUGGUAUACCAGAAAAUAAUCUAAUACAUGGGGACACAUUAACCGUAACUGGAAAAACAUUAUCCGAAAAUCUUUCAAAUGUUCCAUCAUUAUCAUUUGAAACUCAAGAUAUAAUUCAUCCAUUAUCAAAUCCAAUUAAACCAACAGGUCAUAUACAAAUAUUAUAUGGUAAUUUGGCACCAGAAGGUUCUGUGGCAAAAAUUACUGGAAAGGAAGGGUUGACUUUUUCUGGAAUUGCUAAAGUUUUUGAUAGUGAAGUGGAUAUGUUGGGAGCCUUUGAACAAGGUGAAAUUAAAAAAGGGCAAGUUAUUAUUAUUAGGUAUGAAGGACCUAAAGGUGGUCCUGGAAUGCCUGAAAUGUUGACACCUACAAGUGUGAUAAUAGGUGCAGGACUUGGAAAUGAUGUUGCUUUAUUAACUGAUGGUAGAUUUUCAGGUGGAAGUCAUGGAUUUAUCAUAGGUCACAUAACACCCGAAGCCCAGGUAGGAGGGCCAAUUGCAUUGGUUAAUGAUGGAGAUCGAAUUACUAUAGAUGCAGAAAAAAGAGUAAUUCAUCUUGAUGUUACUGAUGAUGAACUUCUGGAACGACGAAAGCGAUGGAGUGCACCACCCUACAGGGCUACAAACGGUACUUUAUAUAAAUACAUUAAAAGUGUUAAAUCUGCUAGUGAGGGUUGUGUUACCGAUGAAUAA